CCGGCGCGAGCGGCCGCCAUGGAGGGCGGCCCGGGCGCGCGCAUCCGUGAGGGCGACUGCGCCGUGCUCAAGCGGGACGAGGUGUUCAAGGCCGUGUCGGUGCUGCGCCGCAGAAAAAUCAUUUUUGAGAAGCAGUGGUUCUACCUGGAUAACGCCAUCGGGCACGUUUAUGGAACCACCUUUGAAGUAACCAGCGGUGGAAACCUCCAGCCAAAGCAAGAGGUGGAAGAGACUACCACAGAAACAAAGGAAGCAGGGACAGAUAAUCGUAACAUAGUUGACGAUGGGAAGUCUCAAAAACUGACUCAUGAUGACAUAAAGGCUUUGAAGGACAAGGGUAUUAAAGGACAGGAAAUAGUCCAACAGUUAAUAGAGAACAGUACAACAUUCAGAGACAAAACAGAAUUUGCUCAAGAUAAAUACAUAAAGAAGAAGAAAAAAAAAUAUGAGGCAGUUAUUACAAUUGUGAAGCCAUCCACUCGCAUCCUUUCAACCAUGUAUUAUGCAAGGGAACCUGGAAAAAUCAACCACCUGAGAUACGACACCCUGGCUCAGAUGCUGACUUUGGGGAACAUCCACGCUGGCAUCAAGAUGAUUGUGAUGGAGACGUGUGCAGGCCUGGUGCUGGGGGCUGUGAUGGAGAGGAUGGGGGGCUACGGAUCCAUCAUUCAGAUGUACCCAGGAGGGGGACCUGUUAGAGCUGCCACCGGCUGUUUUGGAUUUCCCAAGGCUUUUUUUGAUAACCUGCACGAGUUUCCUCUCAGCAAAGUGCAGAGUCUCCUGUCUGGGACCUUCACGGAGACUCUGCCUGCAGAGCCUGAGGAGAACACGCUGGUGGAAGAGGACAGCAAUGGAUUGAGUGAGGACAAACAGCAGGAACCAGAGGAGGAACCUCCCCCCGAAGCACCUAUGGACAUCAACCCAACAGAGGAGCGAGACGCCAUGGACAUUAAUGCUGAAGAUGCAGAAUUUAAAGAGAGCAAAGAAAAAGAAAAUAAAGAAAAUGUUCGGGAAAAGCAAAUAAAACAGUGGGAGAGAAGGAAAAAGCUGAGAGAAGCUGCUGCUUUGCUGAGAGAGAAGAAUGCUGAUGGAUUAAUUGUAGCCAGCAAGUUUCAUCCCACGCCCUUGUUACUUUCUUUAUUGGAAUUCGUUGCCCCUUCGAGGCCUUUUGUUGUCUACUGCCAAUAUAAAGAGCCCUUGUUAGAAUGUUACACCAAGCUGAGAGAAAGAGGGGGAGUCAUCAACCUCAAACUGUCUGAAACCUGGCUACGGAACUACCAGGUUCUGCCAGAUCGCAGCCACCCAAAGCUGACCAUGAGCGGAGGGGGCGGGUACCUCCUGUCCGGCAUCACCGUCGUCCCGGAGAAGGGCAGAGCUGAGUGCGCUCACGCGGAGGAAACAAAGCUGGAGGAGCCCUCAUCGAAAAGAUGCAAACUUCAAGGCCUUCCUUGUUAACGGCCGGGGAACUGACUUGUGGUUUAGAGCUCAGGAGUUUAGUGAAAUAACAAGUCCUUUCAGGGCUGUGCCCGUCGUGCGUCUGUCAGAACUGCGGGGGAGGGAGGAGCGUCCUGCUCCUUAGCAGUUCCCAUCAUCUGACUGUCAAGGAAAACCCUUGGGAGCAAACAUCCCACUGAACUCACAGGAGCCUCAAGAAGGAGAGAAGAUCAGGAGGAGACAGAGCCUCAGCGCAGGCAUUCUGUUUGUUUGUUGCCAAAUCUGAAUAGGAGGAGGGUUUUUUAAAAGGUUUAGUGGGAAUCAACACAUCCGGUUUAGCUUUCUGUUCUCCCACAAAGGCAUCAGAGGAUUCUCCUCAGGAUUCCACGUGCUGAUCUGCUCCCACUUGGGACACAGAACUGGGCUCUGUCCAGUCGUUUAAGAAAGUAGGAUGAACAGCAAAAAAUCAUACACCUUUUUUUCCAAAGGAAUAAUAAAAAGAGAAAUCUAAUAGUAGAGAUGACCCCAUGCUUACAGCAUGACUCCACAUUUUCCUGAAAUAGAGGAGGAAGUGCAUGCUCUUAAAUUAAAAUACGAAAUAUUUAAACAGUGUCAGUAUUGUCUGUCAUUCUCCGAGACGUUUCCUGAGAGGUGCUGUAUGUUUUUAAGAUAUUACUGUUUUGGAAACUGCUGUAUGGAUAUUUAUUUAUUCUACUGUUGGGUCUUUCAGAUGUCGGGCUUUCUUUUUU